UUAGGGGUGUGUGUGUCCAGCCGGUUUAGCUCUUCCUCGAUUUGAUCGAUCGUUGGCUGUCUCUCUCUCUCAUAAUUCUUUGCCAGUAAUGGCAGUGCAGCACUGCCACUGCAAGAAAAGAGGGUGAGAGUUUUCAUCGGGAAGGUAAAGCUUUGCAUCACACGACACACAGAGAGAGAAGAGAGAGAUGCAUAUAUUCACAUGAGCACUAUCUAAUACCCUAUCUAUUAUCUAUCAUCAAUAAAUAUAUAUGAAAUGAAACCGGCUGAGUUUCGAGUUUGAGUGAAUUACCACCUCCGCCCUUUCUUUUUCCACCCCCGCGUGCGGAUUCUGCGUAUGAAUAAAUGACUCACAGUCAUUCACUUGUGUUUGUGUACAACAAUACCAAUACCCCCCCAAAUAUUGUAUAUAAGUUAAGAAGAUCAGAAGUCUGAACUGAAGCCAGCAGUUGUCAAAAGAACAAAACAAAGAAAGAGAAAGUACUGUUUGUGUGAGUUAAUGCAUGUGUAGAGAGAGAUAAAACCAAGGCAUUUUCCAAAGGAAAUCUGAGCAGGCUUUUCUGGCAGACCCCAGCAAAUGGAGAAAAACAAACGCUACAUUAACUGACCCACUCUCCACCACUAUCACUCUCACUAACUUAGGAUUUCCCUGUUAAAAGCCUGCUCUAAGUUUGUAGCAUAAAACCCGGGAGAGCCCCCCCUUCCCCUUCUCCCCUUCUCCUUCCCUUCCCUUGGAGAGAUCAUAUCCAUUCAUGCACAUGUGCAUGUACUCACCCCCCCUUCUUUAGCUACCUAGAUCGACAGCAACCCAAAAAAUAAACAUUAUUGCGUAGGAGAGAGAAAAAGACUUUGAGACAGAGACUAGUUCUUUGUUUGUGUUUCUUUCUUGGGGUAUAGCAAAGCCAAGUGAACAAAAUAACUUUAGGAAAGUUGUAAAUUGAAAGACAAGAUAGCAAGAGAGAGAGAGAAUGGAAGGUGGUUCUAAUGGCACUUGUAGUAUGAUGGCUUUUGGAGAAAAUAGUAGUAGUAAUGGAGGAGGACUAUGUCCCAUGAUGAUGGUGCCAGCUCUAAUGACUUCCCAUCACUCUCAUCACCAUCAUCAUCAACAUCACCAUCCUACUAAUCCUACUAAUGCAGACCCAAACACCACUACUCCGUUUCAGCUUCCCCAGCUACCUCCAUCCAACCACAACCGCAAUAGCAGCACCUCCUCUUUCAUUUUCAACGACCACCACCCCAACAACAACAACAACAACCACCCUGCAGCAGCUGCCGCCUGUUAUUUCAUGGACAACAACAACAGCAACCAUGAUGGCAGCAGCUCUUCCUCUUCUUCUGUCAAGGCCAAGAUCAUGGCUCACCCUCACUAUCACCGUCUCUUGGCCUCCUAUAUCAACUGUCAAAAGGUUGGGGCACCGCCUGAAGUGGUGGCAAGACUGGAAGAAGCGUGCGCGUCAGCAGCGUCAAUAGGUCAAAUGAUGAGUAGCAGCAGCGGAUCAGGGUGUCUCGGUGAAGAUCCAGCUCUGGAUCAGUUCAUGGAGGCCUACUGCGAGAUGCUCACCAAGUAUGAGCAAGAGCUUUCCAAACCCUUCAAGGAAGCCAUGAUCUUCCUGCAGAGGAUUGAGUCCCAAUUCAAAGCCCUCACUCUUUCUUCUUCUUCCGAUUCUGCAGUUUGUGGCGAUGGACUCGAUAGGAACGGAUCAUCUGAGGAAGAGGUUGAUGUUAAUAAUAACUUCAUAGAUCCACAAGCAGAAGAUAGGGAGCUAAAAGGUCAGCUGUUGCGCAAGUACAGUGGAUAUCUGGGCAGUUUGAAGCAGGAGUUCAUGAAGAAGAGGAAGAAAGGGAAGCUGCCUAAAGAAGCCAGGCAACAGUUGCUGGAUUGGUGGAGCAGACACUACAAAUGGCCUUAUCCAUCGGAGUCGCAGAAGCUGGCUCUUGCGGAAUCGACAGGGCUGGACCAGAAGCAAAUAAACAAUUGGUUCAUCAACCAAAGGAAGAGGCAUUGGAAGCCUUCAGAGGAUAUGCAGUUUGUGGUGAUGGAUGCUACACACCCUGGCCACUAUUACAUGGACACUGUCUUGGGCAACCCAUUUCCCAUGGAUAUUUCUCCCACACUGCUCUGACUCGACGACAACAUGCCAACUAAUUAAUUAGUAUGAUGCUAAGAUUAUUCCAAUAUCUUUAUUAAUUGUAGUCAUUCUGAACAAUUUAUAUAUAUGACAUUUGACAAUGGAUUGUGAUUGUCACACAAUCAUCUAUGUGUACUAAUAUAUAUAUUUAUGUAGGGGUUAUUUAUUAUUA